GUCCCUGAACUUAAAAAAAAACAAUAUGUUUUUGUAUAUUUUUUUGUAAUGUUACAGGUAUUUAAUUUUAUGCAUUUCCAACAUUAAAGGGGCAUAUGAAAAAGGGUUUAAAACCCCUGUAUCCGUCUCCCUUCCUUUUCUUUGGCUUCACCAGGAUGGUCAAAUCCCAAUGAAGGUCUAGUACUUCCUCCCUAGAGGAAACUGAUUUGUGCGGAAUAAAUUGAUUGUAUUAGGAACUUGGAGGCUUGUGGGUGGGUCAAAGGCAGAAUUCUGGGAACCAGACACAGGUUGACUGAAGAUAGCCUGGUGGACUUGGAUUGGGGGACAGCAGGCCCCGCCCUAAACCAACAUAUGGGUCGUGAAUUAUUGAGGAGAACCCUAGAGGCUCCAGAACCAUGACAAGCAGUGAACAGGCUGAGGCUGCAACAGUGACAGCAAUUAUAGAAGUGGCAUCCAUACCAGAGACAGAUCAUGAAACCUACAGCCACCGAUUCCUUACAGAGGGUCCUAGAAUGCCUUUGCUAGAUCCAGGAGACCCUGAGACUCUGGAGCGCCCAUUCACAUUGGACCAAGUCUUGGGCCCAGAGCAUGCUCAGGAAACAGAACAGAAGUUCUUGGAGAGCAUCCGGGCUGUGCUGGGCUCAGUAUCCAGAGGUUAUAGUGUGUCUGUGCUGAUUAGGGGCAGAGAAGCCAAGCAGCCAGAUCUGGUUCCUCAGUUGCUGGCAAUGCUGUUUGAGGAGAUUCAACCUAUAGUUGCCUUUGGACCCUCCCUCAGGACUCUAAGUCUAGUGCAGCUCAGUUCUAGUGGGAAGGGUCAAGACUUAUUAUCUGGAGCUGGGGACCUGAGCUUGCUGGAUGUGUGCCCACUGGGUCUGGUAGUGGAAGGAGCUAGUGAAGCAGAGGUCCUUGACUCCAAAUCUGGCUGCCAACUUUAUCUCAAGGCAAUGGAGGGCUUGGACAGGGCCUACUCCCUUCUUACUGUGACAUUUUCCUGCCUGGAGCCCAGCACCAUAAAGAGGCCCUGGGUCAGAAGCCUGUGUCGAGGCUCACUGAGAGUCCUGCAGCUUCCAGAAGCUCCGAACUGCCCUUUAUUGCUAGCACUGGCAGGGAAAACCUCGAAGGCCCAUGUGGGCUCAUUACUUUGGAUUGUGACUCAGUUGCUCUUCGGGAAUAGUUACAGUAGCCUGCUGCUCUACUUGGAUCCACGAGUCACCCCUUUGGAACUGCUCCUGGCCUCACUAUCAGGGGCUAAAAGAGCCCAGGACCCAACUCAGUCAAAGCAGGUUUCUCCGAUACUGUGGGAUGCUUCAGAAGAAAUCCAGGCCCGGCGGGCAGCUCUUCAGGUCCUGCGCUCUGGGCUUUCUGGAACCACUCUGCAGGAGAGCCAGCUUACCCAGAUGAGCCUGGUGCUCAGGGAAUUGAAGGUAUUGAAAAACCAAAGCCGGUACUAUGAGACCAUGAUGCUCAAGGGACCUGGAGCCUCUGCACCUGGGCUUCCAAACAUACAGGUGCUAGAUUCAAAAGAGACCUUUUCUCCUGUUUUCCAGAAGCACCCCCAAGGUGAGUUCAGGCCCUGUGACCCACACACUAUCUUCUUGGAGUUCCUCUUAGUUUAUCUAUCUUCCCCUAGAAUAAAAAUAUUUCUCUUUGGCAGCAUGCACUUCAGAAACUCUGGGCCUGGGAAAGAAGUCACUCCUAUCAGCAGCACCAGGAAACUACCCUCCUGGGGGCUCCAAGAAAAAGGCAAAGCUUCACCCAUUCCUAUAGAGAGUACAUGGGGAACAGAUGUCCUUUUCUGUGGUGAAACCUCAUACUGCUAUGGCUCGUUGGCUAUAUUCAUCACUGAAGGAAAUGCUGGAUUUCAGAUAACACCCCCUGACAUAGCACUGCAGUUUAUGUUAGCACGGGCCCAUAGGCAGCUGCUCCGGGAGCAUCACCGAUCCCAGAUCCAAGAGAAACUGAGCUGCUUGAAGCAAGACAAGGAAACAGCAACAGAUCAGAUCCCAGGCCAAUCUGCUGAGAAUCUGAGCUGGGGGCAGGAUCACACAGCACUGGCUUUACAAGUGGAGGCUCUGAGAUUGGAGCGAGAUGCAGCUGAACAGGACCUAGAGGCCCUGUACAAGCUGUAUGUCCAAGGAACCCGGACCCAGACUUGCCACAUCUUGCAGGUGUUCCAGGCUUGUCAGGGGCUGUGGAAGGAACAGGCUGCUGCCAGAGAGUUCCAUCACCGAGUCCUGUUGGCUGGAGUCUUACAGGAUGCUGUCUCUCUGGCCACACAGAAUGAGCAGCUCCAAGUCCAGAAUGAGCAGCUCAAGCAGGGUGAGGACUAUGAGAAGGAGUGUAGGAAAGAAGUGGGGUUCAAAUGAUAAUAAAAAUAGGAACUGUUUCACUAAUCUUAAUCUGAGAGUAUAUCCCAGGGCUCUGUCCUGAAGUACAAAGGAUUAUUAUUAGAAGAGAUGAGAUUGGGGUGCUGACAGUCUUGGUCCUCCAACAGGGCUUCAAUGAUUCUAUGUUCCACAUCUCCCAACAGAAAUCACAGAGAGGAGGGGAAAAAUUUAAGCUCUGGCAGUCUGCCUAAACACAUUUUCCUCAAAGUAAAUCUAAUCCAGGACUGCCUUGGCCAACAGACAUGGCCCCACAAGUCAUACCUGUUCUUCAAGAAUCAAAUUAAAACCAUGCUUUUAGUAGCCACAGCCAAGAAUCUUCCUUAUUGUAUAAAUUCAGCCCUACUUCUGGGGAGUAGAUCACCAAGUAUUUACUGCCACCCAGCUGGAAGGCUGUGCUUUUUUAUUUCCAACUCCCAAGAAUUUGGAGAAAAACAUAGUAUCACAAAACCUUGGAAUAUAGAGAGACCCAGUCAGCUGGCACUUGCUCUGUCCUGGCAAACUCCUUUCUCUUGCAUUCCUAAUCUUGAUGACUCAAUUUUAGCAUCUGUUGAGUGGAAAACUGCCCACUCCUCCUACCCCCUGCCCCCUAUCAAUUGUAACCUUUCCCCUUGUAACCUCCUGUAGUUACAUCUUAAAAUUCUUGUGAGUGGACACCUGAGAAGGAGAUUGGAAACUGAGGGAAAAUGGAUAGAGGAGAGAAAGAGAGAGACAAAGGAAUAAAGACUCAGAGACAAGGAGUUAAAAAUAUGGGCUACAUCUUGCCAUGCCCUUCUGAUGUAAUUGAGAGAGGGCUCUACACGUGCCCUCAAACUUUUAUUGGAGAGUUUAGGAAUGUGGAGUGGGAGGUAACUAAUGAACAUGUGACAUGGCAUAGGCUUUAACACUGGCUCAAUUGACAAUCAUUAAUCAAAGAGGAGGAGGUUAAUCAAACAUGUGACUUGGUAGAGUGUGGUCUAACAAGGAGGUAGCUAAUACCCUGUGGCAGCCCUGCCCAGGAAUUCUUUUGACCUUUAGACUGAAGAUUUGGAAAUACAAUGAUCAAUAAGUGACAUGACCAUGAGUGUGGUAUAUGAACACAAAAGAUACAAUAUCAAUACACCAAUAAUACUUUCAAGAUUCUAAUAUGCCUACCCCUACAUAAUCCCUUUCUUCUUCUUCACUGUCUUUCCUUUGUGUCUCUGGAAAUCCUCAACUACUGUUAAGAAACAUCUCCUCUUCCUAGAUCUCUCUGGUUUAUUCUUUUUUUCCUUUUUAUGGCUGCACUAAAACUUGACUCUUCAGACACUACAUCCCUGGACAUCUGGUGGCUGACACUUCUCCCUCUGGCCUACUAACUAAAGACCACUCUAUGUUAAGAAUAGUUCUCAUACUGCUUGAUUUCCACUGACAUUUUCAGAUCCUCUAGCAGUCAAUGCCAAACAACCACCUCUAUAUAAUUGUGCAGAUCCUUGCUGUUGCCUCUGGGUCCCUCACCCUCUUUUCACAAGGAAUGUAGUAUCUGGUUCAUGGUUCUUCCAAGCUACCUCAGUUUGGGGUUUAGAUUUAGAUGUAUAAGUCACCUCAGAAACUACCUAAUGAGGGUACAGAGGAAAAGAAUACUGACUGGAGUUGGAAGAAUUUCUGCCUCUGAUACUUGCUAUCUGAGUGACCAAUGAUCCAGGACUCAGGUUCUUCAUCUGUUGGAAUAAGAUCCCAUGACCUUGGUCCAACUUCUCUACUUAUAGUAAAGAUGAGGAAAAUAGAGCUCAAGCACAUUAAGUGAUUUGUCUCAGGUCACACAGACCCAGAAUUAGAACCCAAGUCCUCUUGACUCCAGAGCACUCUCUUUUUACUGACACACGGCCAUCUUUAUCCUUGAGAUGCCUCUUCAAACACCCUGGCUUCCAUUACAUAUUUUUUUAAAAGUAUUGAUAUAUUUUGUUUGGACAAUUUAAUAAUUUCCCAGUAAAAACUUUCCUAUAGAAUCUUUUUUAAAAUGUUUGUUUGGUUACAUUAAAAUUCCCAGGUAUCUCUGACUACCUGUCCCACUUCCCACAUCACAGAAUGCAUUACCCAGCUCCAAAAAUGUGUGUAUAAAUGAUGUCUUUUGUGUUUCUAUUUAUUGGUUCUUUCUCUGGAAGUGGACAUUCAAAAGUUGUCCUUCAAAUAUUAAAUCUAUAGUUGUAUAUAA